UGCACUAAGUCCACUUCAGCCUUCAGCCGCUUCAAAUCCACUGUCAGGAAUGAACAUCGUACCACCGCCACCCCCAGCAAUCCGAGGAGGAUUCGGAUCCGAGGGAUCCGAGGAGUACGUCACGCUUACACCGGAUGAGAUGACACCUCAGCAGUCCAUUUCGAUCUCGGAAGAAUCCGAUAUGGGCAGUGCUUCUUCAAGCAAGGAUGGCCAGGAAGAGCAAGAAGCCACCCAGAGAUUUCACAUUGCAGCGGCUAUGAUAAUAUUCGUAGUGACUGGUCUGUCAUUCAUAGUCGUGAUAUGGUUUGUGAGACAGAGGCUGCGUCCAACGUCGGACGACACGACCAUUACACCUCGUGACGUUGUGUUGCCUAAGAUCCCGGUCCCGCCUCAACCUCCCGAUAACAAUCAGGCGGAUUACGAUGAUCCUACAACAACUGGAAAAUCUACGGGUCCCAUCAGCAGUGCGACGGUACGGACUUCAGGGGCCACCGCGCGCACGACACCGAGCUCUACCAUGCCGACUACUACGACCAGGAAGGCCAGAAAUACCACGGUAACUUCUGCAACAGCGACUACAAGUAGUACUUCCACGACAACGACCACAACUACAACAACGACCACAACCACAACGACCACAACCACAACGACCACAACCACAACGACAACGACGACAACGACUACAACGAGUACGACGACGUCUACAACGACUACGAGUACGACGACGUCUACAACGACUACAACGAGUACGACGACGUCUACAACGACUACAACGAGUACGACGACGUCUACAACGACUACAACGAGUACGACGACGACUACAACGACAACGACGACUACAACGACAACGACGACUACAACGACAACGACGACUACAACGACAACGACGACUACAACGACAACGACGACUACGACGACUACGACGACUACGACGACUACGACGACUACGACGACUACAACGACUACAACGACGACGACUACAACGACGACUCCCUCGCCGACAACACUUAGCACGGCAGGCACCACCCCCGCAGGAGCCCCAAAAUUGUGCGAUACUGAGGACUGCAACUACAUGCGGUACCUGAUCAACAUAUCUGUGGACACAACGAAAGAUCCUUGCAAAAACUUCUAUCACUUCUCCUGCGGUGGCGCUUUGUCUUACGCGCCACUGUCUCAAUGGUACAAAGCCACUGGAGGUGGGAACCUCGAAGUUCUGUCCUACAACAUCACCCCACCCAUAAAAUAUGGUUUGAGCAGUGACCCCGUCCCAGCUUCCGGACAGACCGGAUAUGAAAAAUCAGCCUACUACUUUCAGAGCUGCGUCAAGUCACAGAACAGCACGUCGUUGGCCGGCACCAUCAAAGAAUUUUUAAUUAGAAACGGCAUGGGCUUCAACUCCAACGUCGUGCUGAGCCCAUUGUAUAUCCUUGUUAAGUUUCUCGUUGUCUAUAAUAUUCCUCUGAUACUCACCAUGGAACAAACGAGGGCGGGGAACAACCCAACGUUCCAGAUACUGAUAUUGAGCCAUGACGACUUUACUCAAUCGAGAGCGGAAGUGACGAAUGUAGGUCAACGCCGGAAUGAUGUCAACACUGUUUUAUCGAAGAUAUUCCCGAGUCAAAUUCACGAAGUAAGCAACAUCUUGAACGUGGAAAAGACAAUAGUGGAUAUGUUUAACGACUCCCUGGACGGAUACUAUUACAGUGACCUUACAAUGUCGGCGAUAUGGGAAUCUGACGACUCAGUCCUGUCGAUGCAAUGGAGUGAAGCCCUGGCGAAUUACUCGCGGGACCAACUUCGAACUAGAACCUGUCACAUGUCAGUGCCGGAAUAUCUCCUGUUCUUAGACCUGUUCGGCAAGAACAAGGCUGUUCAAGAUGAUGAUCUUAAGCGCUACUUUACCUGGAGAAGCGCGCACUACCUCUACCGAGCGGCUUUAUUUGGCACUCCGCAAGCCAUAUAUUCAGAUACAUGCUUGAACAAUGUUCUCAACGAAUUACCGAAUGCUGCCAGUUCUAAAGUCCUUUUUAACCUUAUCAAUGCCUCGAGGAUACAUCUUGUAGAACAAAUGACGGACGAAAUAGCCAAGGAGGUGAAGGAAUCCUUCAGGACUUCUUCCUGGCUCGAUCCUACAACUAAAGGCAAAGCACAAGAAAAGAUCAAGGAGCUCGUCAGACGCAUUGGUUACGUGCCAGAACUGAGCAGUGACCAAAAAAUCGACGCGUUCUACCAGUCACUCCCGGACUUGAAGGGCGAUUUCAUGGAUGCCUACCUGGCAGUAAACAAGUUCAAGACAACAAAGUUCUGGGAAUAUGUAGAGAGUGACACGUACAAUUUUAUGACCAAAGGGGAAUCACCUGCUCCUGUGUACCGUGUAAACGCUGCUUACACAGCUCUGCGCAAUGACAUAGUAAUCCCACCAGCCAUCAUGUUGAGACCGGCGUUUGCCUUUGGAGCACCCCCAGAAGUGAACUACGGUGGUCUGGGUGCAAUCGUAACGCACGAAAUGAUGCACGGUUACGACCUGGUGGGAAGAGAUUACGACGGGAAGGGUAUAAAUACCUCCUGGUUCGGCAGCACUGUCGAGUACGGCAAACGGACUAAGUGUCUCAACACGAGUAUUGAACAGUCUCCGCAGGCAAGGCAUUAUGCAGACUACCCCCACGAGUACCUUGCAGACAACAUGGGCAGAACUUCUCUAUGGAACGCGUACAAGAAGGCCUCGGCCAAUCCCAGCGUGUCACUGGGCAACGUGAAGGGGCUGACACGCGACAAAAUAUUCUUUGUUUCCUGGUGUCUAAUGUGGUGCGGGGUGGCAGCUCCAGAUCCAACCCAUCCACCACCUGUAGAGAGGUGCAAUGUGCCUCUAAGAAAUUCUGACCACUUUAGUACAACAUUCUCUUGCCGCAAAAAUGAGCCGAUGAAUCCGUCCCAAAAGUGUCACUUCUGGUAAUUAAAGAGUACU